AUGUCCGCCCCCCUUUCCCGCAGCCUCCAGUCCUUCGCCUUCAAGCCGAUCGCGCAGCUCACGAGGCUCAUCGCCCUCCUCCUCCUCCUCCUCCCCGCCAUCCUCUCGCAUCCGCUGGCCUCCACCAGCCCCUCCCGCCUUUCCGCCGGAGGCCUCAUCAACAGGUGCCUGCGAGUGCGAGGAGGAGGCGGGGAGGUGGAGGAAGAGUAUCCUUCGUUUGUCAAGGAGAGGCAUGAAUUCAACCACGUCAUUCGCAUCUUCAACACCAACAUUGACGGCACCAGAAACGUGCUGUACGCCCUGACGAUGAUCAAGGGGAUCGGCCGUCGGUUCGGAGACGCGGUGAUCAAGCGAGCAGGCAUCGCACACUCGAGGCUGGCAGGAGAGCUGACCGCCGAGGAGGUCGAGAAGAUCGUGCAGGUUGUGGAGAACCCCAAGCUCUAUGACAUCCCAUCGUGGAUGCUGAACCGGAGGAAGGAUUAUAAGACCGGCCUGGACCUUCACAACACAGUGAACAAGCUCGACUUCCAGCUGCGCGAGGACCUCGACAGGCUGAGGAAGAUGCGAGUCCAUCGCGGUCUGCGACACGCGUGGGGAUGGAAAGUGCGAGGACAGCACACUAAGACGACAGGACGAGGUGGUCGAUGCGUCGGCGUGCUCAAGAAGAAGUGA